UAGGUUAUUAUAUAUUUGGGUUAUAUAGUAAUAAUAGCCAUUAUGAUUCUAAGAUAAUAUUCGUCAUAAUAUAAAAUCAAGCCUAUAGACUGUGGUAAUUAUGGUAUUCGAUACCUAUUACCUUUUCAGUAACUGCAAAGUCAUAAUUUCUAAUCAUAAAUAAUCAUUGAUAAUUUAUCAAUAAUAUUCUGUCCUUCAAUGGUAUUCAGUUUUGACCUCGUACUCAAAGGGCCCCGAAAAAUGUCAUCUCAUAAAACGAUAAAAAAGUGCUUAUAAAUAUUGUAAAAUAUAAAAAAAUUUUAAUGAUACCUUAUAAUACACAAACUAUGAAGUUAACUACUCUAUUUGCUGAUUAUUUAUAAUACAAAUAAUAACUUAUACUUAAUAUUUUUUUUUAAUGAUUAAUAAAUUGUAAAGUUGAUUGUUUUUAUAAUAGUAAUUUUUAAUGUAAUAUGAUUUUCUCUUACCGGCCAUUUACUAAACAGCUAAGUAACAUCUGGUCUGUGGAAACCAUGAAAACGUAAGUGUUUACUCCGAUUGCCUGUUUCAUCUCAUUAGAAGAUUUCUAGACUAAUUAUACGCGUGCUCACAGUUGAAAACGAUCGUCUCGAAACAUUUGCUCUUUUUGUCAGUCACUCACGUAAAACCAUUUCGACUUAUUUUUCUUUCGCGAUGGAGAGAUACGAACAGGAAGAUGGACAGCGCACGUUUUUGAACUCGGCUCGUGGCCAAUGCGCCGAUUGUAGACGCCACCUAGUUCACGACGGAGGCCGUUCGACUACAGAAUACGUUCGAGACGGACGAUCACGUCGGUCUUCGGUCAAAAGGGUUGGCCGUGGUUACGGUAAGAACGGUAAUAAUGUUUGCGAUGUUCACAGGGACCACGGGGGGUUACGGUCGAGCGAAGUGCAGCGGAUUGACAGAAAGCCCGAGUCGGGUAGCGGUGAUUCUUGUGCGCAACCAUUCCGCCGGUCAUCUUCACGGAUACGGCGCACCAAACCCGGAAGAACGCUGCUCGUACACGGGCUGGGACGUGGAAUAAAUUGCGAUAAUGUCUUUAACAUGUUCUGUCCGUACGGAAACGUGUGGGCCGUGAAGAUGUUGCGAAAUGGAGGAGUUCUCAUCGAGCUAAACGACGUCAAGGCGGCCGAACGUUGCGUGGCCCACCUGCAUUUGUUGCCACUGGAUAAGAAAAAUAAAUUGAAAGUCAAAUAUUCCAAUUAUUCUUAUAUACGCGAUCAAGGAACGGUGAUCAAAUUGUCGGACGGGACGCCGACACAGAAAUGUUACAAGGGCAGCAAACUAAACCGAUUUUCAUACAAAACAAAGUUUGUGAAUGAGCGUCAAAUCGCAGCGCCGUCGAAGAUUUUGCAUUUCUUCAACGCACCGUUGGAUAUCAGCUGCUCGAAGAUUCGCAGGGCAGUGACAGACGCCCUCGGUUGCAAGGACGCGGUUCGAUCGAUAACAAUUCUACCCCAAAAGCAGCCUGGCGCUAAAUGUUCGAAGGGUCUUUUGGAGUUCAAAAGUGUCGACCUGGCGGCCAAGGCUAUACUGUUGUUGAACCAUAUGCAGCUAGAGUCGUCGAGAUCCAAAUUCCCGUUUCUGAUGAAACUAUGUUUUUCAAAAUGGUCGGAGAUGCGGCAAAAGCCCGAAGAUCCGACCGUGCUGAUUUUCAUCACCGGGCUGCGCAACACUCCGCUGCUGUUCCAUAGAUACGAACACGUCGUGUCCACGGUAGAGUAUAAAGUGACACAGGCAACCCAAGCGACUGACGAAGACUGGACCUGGAUACUAUGGGAUAUGAGGGACCGUACCAUGGAGGCUAUUGACCUCGAAGCCGGUACCUCCGUAGACACCCGGUAUAGACUUAGUGGUCAGUCGGGUACGUGGCAGAACCCGCAGACGAUGCAGCUAGGAUCACCAGCUGACGCAUAAGCUUUGGGAGAUUUGUUUUUGUUCAUCCGUCCGUGAUGAAUGUCAAUAAACUGUU